AUGCUUUCCUCGACUCUUCGCACUCCGGUGCCCCGCCUGGCCCGUCCCCUCCUCGCCCGCCAGUACUCCUCAAGCGCCCCAACUAUCGGGUUCAUUGGGCUGGGCCAGAUGGGCUACAACAUGGCAACGCACCUGUGCACAAAGAGCCAAUCGCCAUUCGUCGACACCGUGGCCAAGUUCCAGGACGAGAACGCCAAUGCCACGGCAGCGUCGUCGCCGGCAGACCUUGCAGACAAGGCGUCGGUUAUCGUCACAGUUCUGCCAGAGUCUGCACACGUGCGGUCUGUGUACCUUGGCAACAACGGCGUGCGGGACGGUCUGCGCAAAAACACACUGUGCAUUGACUCGAGCACCAUCGACACCUCAGUGUCAAUCGACGUAUCGAGGCAGCUGAUUGGGCUGGGAGCGCGCGCCGUCGACGCACCGAUCUCGGGCGGCAUUAUGGGCGCCAAGGCCGGUACCUUGACGUUCAUGGUGGGCAGCGAGAAUGCGCAGGACUACGACGCGGCCAAGGUGUACUUGGAGCGCAUGGGAAAGAAUGUGGUCCGGUGCGGCGAUCUGGGCGCGGGACAGGCGGCCAAGAUCUGCAACAACUUGCUCCUGGCAAUCAGCAUGGUGGGCACGGCCGAGGCACUGAACCUUGGGGUUCGCCUGGGCCUGGAUCCCAGCGUGCUGGCUGGAAUUAUCAACACGUCGUCGGGCCGCUGCUGGUCGUCGGAUACGUCGAACCCGGUGCCGGAUGUGCUGCCUAAUGCACCCAGCACCAACGGAUACAAUGGCGGAUUCAAGUCCAAGCUUAUGCUCAAGGAUCUGGGCCUGGUGGCCAAUGCAGCCAAGGACUCCAAGACGCCGCUGAUGCUGGGUGGUCUGGUGGAGAGCAUCUACCGCCAUCUGUCGAACCAGGGCGACAUGGCUGAGAAGGACUUCAGUGUUGUUUACAAGUGGCUCGCCGAGUCGCAGAAGUGA